AUGGCGGAAGAAGGAGUAUCAACAAAUUCUGAUUGGAUUUUGGUUGAAAAAGAGAAAAAUGAUUUUGAAAAACUUGAAACUAAUAGUGACAAUCUUCAAAAAAGUUGGCUUAAAGAGAAGGAAAAGAGUGGUAAUUUAGAAAAGGAAAAUAAUUUUCUUGAAAAUCAAUUGAAGGAAAUGAAUAAAGUUCGGAUAUUUUUUAUUGAAUAUUUUAAAAUAAUUUUUAGAAAAUUGAAAAAAUAG